GCAGCAGGCGUCCCUGAGCUGGAACCUCCUGCCCCCCCUCCCCCGACACUGCCGCAUUUCCCCAGCGACUAGCCAGAGACCCAAUGCAGCCGUCUGACCUCUUCUAUGAACAACAAAACCGUGAUGAAGGCAACAGGAGUCAGAAAACUAUUCACUGCAGGAAGCCCCAGUAUCCGGUAAGAAAUAAGAAGUACAACAGUACAGGAUGCGCCUUGGGUCAGGGGAAUGUGAAAAGCCCUCAGUCUUUGUGUUCUUCCCUGUGCCAGAGCGUCUGCGCCCAAGCCCUCAGUUCUCCUUGGAGCUCAGCUGCGCCUGCUGCUGUCACUGCAGGGCCACCAGCGUCCUGCCAAGAGGGACCCAGGGCCAUGAUGGCUACCUCCGCCAGGCUGCCACCGCUGCUGCUGCUGCUGCCACUGCUCCUGCUUCUGGGCCAGCCCCAGGCAGGGGCCCAGGCUCCCGGGGAAGCCGUGGUGUGUGCGGGGAAUGCCUGUUACACUGCCCACUGGGGCAAGCUGAGUGCAGCGGAGGCCCAGCUUCACUGCAGUAAGAACGGGGGCAACCUGGCCACGGUGAGGAGUGAGGAGGAGGCCCGGCACAUCCAGCGCGCCCUCACCCAGCUCCUGGAGUCGGAGGCGAUCCUGGCAGCUAGGAUCGGCAAGUUCUGGAUAGGGCUCCAGCGUGAGAAAGGCAAGUGCUUAGACCCCAGCCUGCCGCUUAAAGGCUUCAGCUGGCUCGGUGGCGGGGAGGACACGUCUUACACCAACUGGAACAAGGAGGUCAGGAGCUCUUGCAUUUCCAAGCGCUGUGUGUCCCUGCUGCUGCAACUGUCCCAGCCAUCUCAUGCCAGUCAUCUCUCCAAGUGGUCCGAGGGCCCCUGCGGGAGCCCGAACUCUCCAGGAAGCAGCGUCGAGGGCUUCGUGUGCAAGUUCAGUUUCAAAGGCAUGUGCCAGCCUCUGGCUCUGGGGGGUCCAGGCCGGGUGGACUACACGACCCCAUUCAAGGCCACCAGCUCUUCCCUGGAGGCUGUGCCCUUUGGCUCCGCAGCUACCGUGGUCUGCGGGGCCGGGGAACACGGUCAGGAGGAUUACUUCGUGUGCAGGGAGAAGGCCCCUGAUGUGUUUGACUGGGGCAGCUCGGGCCCCCUCUGCAUCAGCACCCAGUAUGGCUGCAGCUUCAACAACGGGGGCUGCCAGCAGGACUGCUUCGAGGGGGGCGACGGCUCCUUCCGCUGCGGCUGCCGGCCGGGCUUCCGGCUGCUCGACGACCUGGUGACCUGUACCUCCCGGAACCCUUGCAGCUCCAACCCAUGCAGAGGCUCAGCCACCUGUGUGCCGGCAUCCCAAGGGGAGAACUACACCUGCCGCUGCCCCCUAGGCUACCAGCUGGAUUCAAGUCAGCGGGACUGCGUGGACCUGGACGAGUGCCAGGACUCACCCUGCCCUCAGGAGUGUGUCAAUGCCCCUGGGAGCUUCCGCUGUGAGUGCUGGGUGGGCUAUGAGCCCAGUGAGUCAGGAUGUCAGGAUGUGGACGAGUGUGCCACCGGCCACACGCCCUGCGCCCAGCACUGCACCAACACAGACGGCUCCUUCUACUGCUCCUGCGAGAAGGGUUAUGUUCUGUCUGGGGAGGAUGGCACCCAGUGCCAGGACGUGGAUGAGUGUGCGGACACGGAGAAUGGCCUCUGUGACAGCUUGUGCCUCAACACGCAGGGAUCUUUCCGCUGCGGCUGCCUGCCAGGCUGGGAGCUGGGCCCUGAUGGGGUCUCCUGCAUGCUGGGACCCACCUCCCUGGCACCAAUGCCUGGGCCUCCCCAGGGAGAGGAUGCAGGAGAUAGAGAGGGGAGAGUUGUGUAUUCUCCCACAAUGUCCGGGCCCAUCGGGGGCCCUGAGGGCACUUCCAAGGAGGCACCCACCACAAAGGGACCCUCCCUUCCACGCAACACCUUUGUCACCCCAACUGCACCUGACGUGCCGGCUCCCAGUAGGCCCCCUGCUGUCUGGAUGGAGCCCAGCACCCAUCACCCCAUGGCCACCACUGGCCUUGGGGAGAAUACAAAUGAGGAUUUCAUGGCAGAACAAAGCGAAGAGGGCACGGACGGACAAAAGCUGCUGCUGUUCUACAUACUGGGCACGGUGGUGGCCAUCCUACUCUUACUGGCUCUGGCUCUAGGGCUACUGGUCUAUCGCAAGCGGAGAGCAAAGAGGGAGGAGGAGAAGGAGAAAAAGCCCCAGAAUGCAGCUGACAGCUACUCCUGGGCUCCAGAGCGAGCUGAGAGCAGGGCUUUGGAGAAUCAGUACAGUCCGACGCCAAGGACAGACUGCUGAAGGUGAGAUGGCCCCAGAGACACUGACAAUCAGCCACCACCAUCCUCUGACCUUUACACACCCCGUCAGAAGUGGGGGACCCACAUCCUUCCAAAAGACUGGACUGGAAUCUUAGCAAACGGUUGUAAACAUUCUUAAAAGCCUGACCGCUUGGAAUAUACAGGUAUUUUCUACAUGUGUGUGGUGUUCCCAAAGUGGGACCACUGGGUUAGGAUGUCAUUUUGGGAAUUUUGUGAAUAUUAACAAUUCUUACUCACUUAUCUUGUCAAAUUCAAAUGUGACUGAUGGCAUGGCUCCCACUGAUUCUGGAUCAGGGGUUUACAAGUCAGGUGCUAAUGGGGCUCCUUUGGAACUGCUUUUCUGCUCAUUGGAAUCAUCUAAGAAGGAAAGGUGGUCUGCUAAUGCUAAUUAGGAUUGGAAUGAUUUGUUCUUCUUGGUAGAACAGAAACUAAAUCGAUUGUUUAAUUACAUAGUACAUAAGAAGUAUUUUUUUGUUUUUGUUUUUGUUUUGUUUUGUUUUUGUCAAAAGGAACAUAUUCAGAACUGGAAACAUUUCUUUACAGUUGAGUUCAUGCAUUUUCCUAUCACAAGCCCUGCGGAGUUUUAUAGUUGGAGUCCCACAGAAUGACCAGAGUACACUGAUCUGCUUAGGUAGCAAGAACGCUGAGGGUUUUGAAAUUGUAUUUCCUAGUUCUUAGUGUCUCUAAUAGUCUUGGGUUUAUUUGCAAGUGAAGUCUGGAAAGUGUGCGAGGAGUAUGAAAUGUUUUCGAGAGCAAGUACUCCGAAGCGCCUGAGAGAGAAGCCUGGGUUUGUUUCACAAGUACUUGAAUCAAUCCAUCUAAAUGCACUUGUGCUAACACACACUUACCGUUGAUGAAGUGACUACGCACAAGGGGAAAAGCUGGAGACGUCUUGUCUCUGGGCGAGUGUAGCCCCGAGACACCUCCCAGGCCACCUGCCUUCCCUGAAUGCUGCUCUGGAUUUAAAUGCUUUGAUCAUAGAUGGAUGAAACCCUGAGAAGCCUCUCAUUCUGAUUACUAAGACUGUGUGAGGGGGAUGAGAUGCUGAGCUUUGAAUGGUGGCAUCUUAAGGCAUUUUAACAUAGCUCACAGCUGGUAUUGCUUCUUGAGAACAUGAUCCUGACUUGUGGCUGUAGUUUGCAUGUCAGGGACUGGGCAGGCAGGACACUGUCUUCUUUCUGCUUGAAGAAAGUCUGACACAUUUUUCUCUAUUUCUUAAAAAAGCAGGGGAGAUGGGAGGGAUAGAGGAAAAGAGAAUAGCUCAAAAUUUGCAACCACAGAAACCACUCAAACCAGUUUUAAUUUAUUUUUAAAUGCUUGCUUGCAAAGAUUUCCCUUCCCAGUGUAGUGGUGGAGAGUAAUUCCUCCCCACGCAGCUUUGCCUGGGUCACUGGAAAGCUCCUCAGGGAUUCACCAGUGGUCAGAGCUCUUAAAACCUGCCUGAUUAGCACUGGGAGACCUCAGGUGGCCUGCAGGCUUGUUGCUGUUGCCUUGUAGAGCAGAACGGGACUGUGUUUCCUUUUAGGGAUUUCAAAAUCUGUCUCUAAGAACCAGGGUGCUCUAUUGUUUCUAUUUUUGCCUUAAAAACACAUCUGUCCCAGAGGCGGACACCUGGGGCAGGAAGAGCUGCCAGGUGCAUGACCCUCAGAAUUGAGAAAAUAUCCUUUAGCUAAUUUUGAAAUGUAGGUGCUAUAUUUCAGGAUUUUUGUUUUCUUUUGUUUUGUUGUUGUUUUGAGAAAAUGGAUAAGUAAAGGAGUAGGUGUAAGGAAAGAUGAAGCUUUUGGAGGACUUAACAAGGUAUUUGGAACUUGUGCUUUUUAAAGACAUCUAGUAUUAUUUAGAUUUCAGUUGAAAUAUUCAUGUUUAACACCCAAGGAGACCAAGGUUGUAAUCCACUGAGCGCAGGACCCUGUUUGGGAACAAAUUAUGCCACUAUUCAGAUGAUUUUAAAGAGUUAGCUGGAUGUGUUACUGACAAUAUCUGCACUUACGUGAAAUAAAUGCAAAUUCAACAACUUUACCUCCAGGCUUUUACAAUUUUACCUUAUCACUAGAAGGAAGGAGGCAUUCCUAUUCUAGGCUUCUCCUAAGCCCCUUCUGGACCUGUGGGAAAUUACUGGCUGAGGUCCCCAACUGCCCCCUCUCGUUUUUAGAGUUGGAUUUCUUCUCCGGUGCAGCCCCAAUUCUGCUUUCCAGGUUCAAAUCCCUCUAUGGGUAAGAAAAUCUAUUCCCGACAACAUGGAGACCACAGAUCCCCACCGUGAAACACGCAAGGGAGGAAAUGGGCUGGUAAAUAAUUUCUCAAUAUCCUCUCCAGCAGAAUCUGCCCCUUCCUCCGUAGAUGUGCCCUGCCUUGUCUCCUGGCCACUCCUACCAGUGGCUAAGAUCUUGGAACUAGAUGGGCUUAGGCAGUGAAUCUGACGAAAACCGAUGGCCUCAAACAAAUGCUCUUGUCCUAUUUGAUACCUCUGUCAUUUUGUCUGAGGGCUGUGAAUCCCUGCUUGGGGAGGUGGGGGCCCACAGCAGUGGAUAAACAAAUGCCCACUGUCCAUGUGGCCAUUAACUUACUGGUCAUUGGCUAACAGUCUUUUUAUCCAGAAGCUCCCAGGUGCCUGGGCCAUGACGAAAAAUAAGAAAUGGAAAGGAUGGAGCAUGGGAAAGUUAGGUUAUGUCAGGUGCAGACUCCUCCGACUGUGUCCCCAGGCUGGGCAGGAGCACGGUUCUGUCCCUGAGCUGUUGAGCAGCAGAAAGGCCAGGGCACUGGGAAAAGGGAGAUGGCUUUACUUGGCAACAAGCUCAAAGAUAGUGGAGACUUUUGUCCAAAUAGAAUUCCCCAUACUUCAAUAAUUCUAGGAUGCUCUUGGAGAAACUAUAUUCAGAACAAACCCACCCCUUCCCCUCACUCUGUCUCCCAAGGCAGAUCAUUUAAGGGAGGAGGUCCCCUAAACAUGCAGGCCACUAGGUUCCUUCCUGAAUUUCAGGGAUGCUCCCUCCUCUUUUUUCUUUUUUUUUCCCUUGUGCACAUGUGGUACAGGAUAAGCUCCAUCUGAGGACUAUAUAAAGCAAAGGUGGGAAAACUAUCUGAAAAAGCGUUGGGAGGGCGCCUGGGUGGCUCAGUGGGUUAAGCCACUGCCUUCGGCUCAGGUCAUGAUCUCAGGGUCCUGGGAUCAGGAGUCCCGCAUCAGGCUCUCUGCUCAGCAGGGAGCCUGCUUCCUCCUCUCUCUCUCUCUGCCUGCCUCUCUGCCUACUUGUGAUCUCUCUCUGUCAAAUAAAUAAAUAAAAUCUUAAAAAAAAAAAAAAGCCUUAGGAAAUGGUGGACCUGGUGGGGUCUUUUGUAGGGGGCACCCACCGCUGCUCAGCAUUGUGACCUCGAGGCUGGUGUCCCUUUGGUUCAUCCACAUGCCUGAUUAUCACAACCUUGACAUCUGGCACUGCAUAGCCCCACGGUGUUUUCCCGGCAGCAUAAAGUGGGUGACUCAAGAGGCUUCUGUCUUAAGGACAGGAGGGGUGCAGGCUAACAUCUUCCCUGUGAUUAGGCAAAAAGGUAGAAUAAAAAGUUAAACACGUAUGCGGGUGUGUUUAUGUAGAUGGUACAGGAAAAACUAAGUUGGAAAUAAACCUUCUCCCUGAAACACACACGUGCUUGUUGCUAUUCUUACAUGCCACUCAGGAGCCCCAGUCUGAAUACAUCCUGAUAGGACCUGGGGUUUUAUCGCCAAACAACUUUUGGAGAAUAUGGAUGUGAUCAUUAGCUCAUUUUAUUUCAACCCUAUUUCCCACAGAUAUUUUUAUGAAAACUAAGAGAACAGAGGUGAGAUUUGACCCCCCCAAAAAUACUACAUUCAAAAUAAUGCAGUUUUUAAAAGCAAAUAUAGGGCAGCCUUUUCCUAUUAUUUUUCUCCUUACCUUCUCCAUUGUCUGAAUCAGGAAAACAGGAAAGCAUGGCUUUCUAGCAGCUGCAAAAUGGUGUAAUGUCCCCUCCAUAUUUCCAUCACCUUAAACAAUAGAUUUAGCAUAGGAAUCUGAGAUAUGAUCCCUAAAAACAUCUGUUUCUGUCUGGCUGCAAAAGCUACCGCUUAUGUCUGUAGGGUUUGUGGCGGUUGUCAACCAAAAAAAAAAAAGGCUGAUAAUCAAAAUUCUCCAUGUGUUCUGUAAUCAAAUACCAUAUUCCGUUCCAGAUUCCCGAAACUAAUACUUGCUGAAGUGCUUUAAAAAUAAAAUAAAAUAAAAUAAAAUAAAAUAACAUAAAAAGAAUUGUGUUUUGAUCAUGCCCAUCUAUUUUAGGAAGAAACUGUAAAUUCUUUCUUACAUUGUUGUUCCUCUUAUCUGCAAGGGGGCAAGCAUUUCCUUUCUACAGAUUUUGCCCUCUGUUCUUCUGGGCUGGGUUCUUUACAUGCAUAUUUGGCUGAAGCUUGAAUUACGUCGUUCACAAGGCCUUGUUCUGUGAUACUUGAUGUGAUCGCAAAUGUCAGUCAUCGCUGCACAAACGCUAGAUGAGAUGUUUGUAUUUUUAAAUCUGUGUAUUCGAAAUGCGGUGCACUAAUUCUGUCACUGUGGGAUUUCUUCUGUGGGGCUUCUUUCUGUCCUGGGUGCGACUGUUUCCCAGGGUGGGGAGGACAGGUUUGGCCGCUGCGUCGGUCUUAGAACUCUGAGAAACCAGGGGCAUCUCGGGUCUGCCUCAAUGAGUAGCCUGCUUGUUGUCCUUUGUGUUUUAUGUCACAUGCAUAACCUAAUAAACUCUGGAAUGCA